UGUCAACACUUGAUGCCAGCAGUCUUUAUUCUUUAGCGCAAUAGACAGCAGAACGGUGAAAUGGUGAACCUGUACAAUAGUACACUCCUCAAAGCACCUCUAAAUCGCAUUUUCAUCUCCCUCCGCCAUUUCACCUCUCUUCUACCACCGUCACCACCACAAUCGCCGUCACAGUCACCACCAGACCCCAUCACAAUCUCCAACCUCAUACAUCAAACCAACCCAGAAUCAUUAUCAGACACCCUUCACAACCUCACCCAAUGGACCCCUGACCUCGUUCACGCUGUCCUAAAGCGUCUCUGGAACCACGGCCCUAAAGCCCUCCAUUGUUUCAACCUCCUCGAUCACCAUCGUUCCUAUGCUCACUCUGCUACAGCCUUUGACCAUGCUAUUGACAUCGCUGCUCGUAUGCGCGAUUACAAGAUCGUUUGGAAGCUCGUGGCCCGAAUGCAAUCUCGGCGACUCGGCCCGAGCCCGAAAACAUUCGCUAUCAUCACUGAGAGGUAUGUAUCUGCUGGGAAAGCUGAUAAAGCGUUGAAGGUUUUCCUGUCUAUGCAUAAACAUGGUUGCCCUCAGGAUUUGAAUUCUUUCAAUGCAUUCCUUGACGUGCUUUGUAAAUCUAAACGGGCCGAGAUGGCUUAUAAUUUGUUCAAGAUGUUUAGGAGCAGGUUCAGAGCUGAUACGAUUAGUUAUAACACACUAGCGAACGGGUUUUGUUUAAUUAAGCGAACACCUAAAGCACAAGAGAUUUUGAAAGAAAUGGUGGAGAGAGGUCUGAAUCCCACAAUAACUACAUAUAACAUAAUGCUUAACGGGUUCUUUAGAGCAGGACAGAUUAAGGAAGCUUGGGAAUUCUUUUUGCAGAUGAAGAAGAGGAAAUGUGAUAUUGAUGUUGUUACUUACACUACUGUAGUUCACGGAUUUGGUGUUGCGGGUGAAGUUGAGAAGGCGCAAAAGGUGUUCAAUGAAAUGGUGGGAGCUGGCAUACUUCCCUCUGUUGCAACUUAUAAUGCGCUGAUACAAGUUUUGUGUAAGAAAGAUAGUGUGGAAAAUGCUAUUUUGGUGUUCGAUGAGAUGUUGAGGAAAGGUUAUUUGCCGAAUGCCACAACUUAUAAUGCCAUUAUCAGGGGAUUGUGCCAUGUUGGAAAAAUGGACAGGGCUACGGAAUAUAUGGAUAAGAUGAAAGAGGAUGGGUGUGAACCAAAUGUUCAGACUUAUAAUGUUGUCAUCCGAUACUAUUGCGAUGAAGGGGAAAUUGAGAAGGGCCUGAGGGUGUUUGAGAGGAUGAGUACUGGUGAUUGCUUACCUAAUCUGGAUACAUAUAAUAUUUUGAUAAGUACAAUGUUUGUUAGGAAAAAAUCAGAUGAUUUAUUAGUGGCUGGGAAACUAUUGACAGAAAUGGUUGACAGAGGAUUUCUUCCUCGAAAAUUUACCUUCAACCGGGUCCUUAAUGGGCUUUUGCUAACUGGUAAUCAAGAUUUUGCAAAGGAGAUUUUGAGGUUGCUAAGCAAAUCUGGCCGCCUCCCCUACCAUUUUAAACUGUGAAGCACAUCAGUGUACGGAUGAUACCCAAACUAAGUGCCUAUUUGGAGCUUAAUGAAAUCUUAAAGCUCUAAAUGAGAUAAGUUUGUCGCUUCCCAUGAAAUUCAAUUUUGGAGUGUGGUGUGGAUAAGUAUGAUGAAUGUGAAGAGUUUUAGAUGAAACCGACUUAAAAAGCAUGCCACUAAAAAGAACAUGUGUUGUUUAGCAGGGUGCUCUGACUUUAGCCUAGGACUUAAAGGAGGUGGAGUUGCAAAUUAGGUAUAUCAUGCAAAUGGAGGUGCACAAUGUCAUUGAUAUCAAAAUGCUCCCAUUUUUGCUUCUACCGGAUAAUUCAGCACUUCUUGUUAUUGAUAUAUACACAAGAAAGGACACUGAUGGUGACAUCCAGUUAAAAUGACAUUCGUGUAUACAAGUUCCUUUUUCCCUCUUUAUUCUUGAUGAAGGUUUAGAAAAUAAAUUGCGGUCAUACAUUUACUGACUCUUUGCAGUUCAAAAUUUAAGAAUAUGAUUCGUAAAUGCUAAGUUGAUGAAUGACUUUGAUGGUGUUGUUGUUACCCAAAAAAGGGGGCAACUGUUCAAUAAGCAAUUUAAUUCUCUCAA